AAAAAUUACCGGCCAGUUCUUGUGUAUCUUAGUUAAUGAAUGACUGCACCCAACUGCAUCUAAUAUCAAAGACAGCAGAGGUUGAGAUCUCUUGAAAACAGUAUAUGGAAACAUUUACAACCUUAACAUGUUUCUGCACGGAGAGUGGUGUGAUCUUCACUUGCCACUUUCAUUUGAGCUGCAGGUUGGAUCGUGCUGCUCCUCCACAAGGACCAGCUUCACAAGUUGUCUGAGUAACGUUCCUCUGGUCAUGCACGUGUUGAUCCGCCCGUACCGUCCCUCAGACAGGGACGCAGUGCUCACCCUGUUCAGCAACGGCAGCCAUGAGCUCAUUCGUCCAUGUUUUUACAACGCCAUGACCAGCCCUCUCUACAUCGGCAUCACCCUGGCUCUCUGUGUCCCUGGCUACCUGCUGGGCUCUGUGUUAGGGGCUGUGGUGUUACCAGGAGCAUGGGUGGGCCUCGUAUACUACUGCUGCCAUGAGCUAUAUGCCGGCUACGUCAAGAUGAAACUCCAGACGGACAUGCGGGACAUCCUUGGGAACUUUAUGAGCAGACCAGAUGACUGUUUCUGGGUGGCGGAGGCUGAGGUUGAUGGGAGGGCCCAGAUCAUGGGUACGGUGGCUGUGGUGGCCAAACAAAGUGGGAAAGAAAAAUACGGGGAACUGUUCAGAAUGAUCAUCUCACCACCGUACAGACGGUUGGGCCUGGGCUCAAAGAUGACUCAGACUGUGGUGGACUUCUGUAAAGAGCGAGGCUUCUCAAAAGUGGUGCUGUGGACCAGCUCCACUCAGGCUGCUGCUGUGGCCCUGUACAAGAAACUUGGGUUCAGCCACGUCCCCUCACAGAUGGGGACAGAGCUCUCUGUUUGGAUGUUAGUGCUGGCCAGGGUGACGAGUGUAGCGAUGGAAAAACACCUGUAGUCCUGAAAUAAUCCUGAUCAGCAUUGUGAUGUUCUUGUUAUUUCCCUCUCUACAUUUAACACCUGACUGAAACUAUGAUCUGUAACUUCUGUUUCACAAACACGUCAGACCAACUUAUCUAAAUGUUUUAAACACAAUGCGCUGUUGCUCUUAUGAGUUUACUGGACCAAAAUACGCUGACUGUUUAUUGUAGUCGUCACUUUUUAACAAAUAAAUACUGGCUUCAGCUACUGUGAUUUUAUCUCACAGAUGAUUGAUCUCAUUUUACACAAAAACAUGCAAGAAACAAAACCAUUCCUGAAGAUUUUACACUGCUUUAUGUUUUUCUUUAACACAUCAUCCUCUUCCUAACACUAAUUGACUGCAAAGGCUGCGAACAUCCACACAAGAGGCAUGAUCAAAAAUGUGUAAUCCAUACAAUGUAGGUAAGAAAAACAGAUCCAACCACUCACACUAACGUUUCACAACCAGACCUGAUGAGCUGUUCCAGUGAGGAAGUUUGGGGUUGUUGAUUAUAAAUGAUAAACAGUAGAGGGCGUCAUUUUUACAUGGAUAGCCUUCCUCAUAAGAUAAUGGCAACUUUAUUUUCUGGAGCUGAUGACGUAAUGUAGCUCUUACAUGCCUCAAUAUGUGACGUUUUGUCUCCCAUCAUGUACAUUCCUUCAUUUUCUCCCCCUGUUCCAUCUCUCUACUCAUGUAUGCCUGCUAGCUGAAAUUAUGUUUGAAUAUAAUAUAACUUACAUAGUUUGAAUCUGGUAUGUUUGAAAAAAGACAAGAAAAAAAUAUCAUAGGCACUUGAAACAU